AUAGGUACGGAUUACUUCAAUACAUUGACAUUGUCAAAAACUAGUACAUAACAAAUUAUUCAAUCAAAACGCGCUCCUCAUUUCGUCGUAUCAACAAUUGCGAGUCACAGUGCGCGCGCAUCUCUUUAGUGAACAGUACGGUCGAAACUAUCGACUCAUGCGCACCUAAGUAAUGCUCUAUUAUGUUUAGUAGCUUUAUUAACACAAUAGUAGCUUUUAGUGGCUUUUUAUAAUAGGUAGUGUUUUAGUGUAUUGUUUAUGAGUACUUAGUGUAUCAAAAUGGAAUGGAAAUUGACAGUUUUGUGCGUUUGCGCUUGUUUGGGUACUAUCACCGCUAUGCAAGUAACCGUCACAAGUGAAUGGAAGCCGGACAUCGGUUGGGAGCUGUCGUGUUCCUGGCAACUGUUCUCCAAUGACUCCUUGCAAUCAGUUAGGAUGUACUACAACGAGCAGCAGUUCUUGAUAUAUAGGCCUGAGGAAGAUGGCGACAAACGCAGCGGAAUUUACCGAAGGCCAGAGGAUAUGAUGACCAUCAACUGCGAGGAGACAUCCGAUCGAGGAGUGACUGGUACUUGUGAGCUGACGAUGGAACUGUACCAACCACAGAAGAACAGCUUCACGUUCGCCUGCGAGGCGUCUGGCGAAAGACCGACGUUCCGGAUAGAGAGGAAGGCUAUUGUUAUUGAAGCUUUUGUACCCCCCACGGACGCUGUAGUAGAAGUAGGGUCAGUGAAUGCGGAGUCGGGUCGAGUGAUGCUAAACUGUACGUCUAGUGGAGUACCAGCACCAAAUUUAGUGUGGACAGUUGGUGAACAAAAGGUCCCUCGAGAUUUCUCCGGUAGUUUUUGGAACGCGACAUCAAAGUUGUGGCAUGUUUGGUCCGUCCUCUCGUACACACAUUCCAAUGAACACCCGGCUGUCUGCACGCCAGAGACUAGUAAAGGAAGCAAAGUCGUCCAGGGGGAACCAGCUGAAUAUAAUUCAGCGGGUGAUGUUAAAGAUAUUAAAAGUAUACUCUUCGCAGUUUUGACCUCACUGUUACUGUUGAGCUGAGAGAAGCUGAAAACAAGGGCGAAUACUUAAAUGAAACAAAAUGUUGAUUUGUUCAAAUUUAUUUCGGCAGAGUAUCGUUGUGAACGACUGAUUAUAUGGAGCUGUAGUUGCAUUAAAAAGGUUUUGUAAGAAACGUUGAAGAUUGCGUAAAUUUCAUAAUAAUAAAAGUAUUUUAAUUUCAAACAUUAUUUGACCAAAAUGUAAUAUUUUUUUACAUAGAGGAAAAUGAAAUUUUUCAGUUUAUUUAUAUUAUCUCUAAAGACUGAAACCCAUGUUAAUGUAACUAUAGCUUAUAUUUUUAUACAAUUUAUAUUUUUGGCUCAUUUUAGAGAUUCUUAUUCGUUUUACAUUUUAACUUGUAGGUUACCAUAAUAUUAUUAUUUUUGCUAUUAUAAUAAUUGAAAUUUAUACUUAUUAUGCACUUAAAAAACCUACUUAUUAAAUGAGAGGAAGACCUUUGCCAUUUUUUUAAAGUUACAUUUAUUUAUGACAAAGAAUAAAAUGGAAAAUGUCCCCCACAAAAGGAUGUGCAUUUUAAAAUACAUAUUAUCGAUUUUUUAUUAAAAAUUCGUGACUAUACAAUUGUAAAUAAAUUUUGGACGUAACAUUUUUUAUAGAAGAAAAUUUUCAAGUUAAAUAAAACUAAGCACCUCACAGGUACUAGAAAAAUACGUAAAUAAAUUUAUAAAAACAUUGUGACUAGGUCAAAGUAUUGGACUUGCUUGCAAAACACUGCAAAUUACGAACGUGCUAUUAAACAUUUUUUCAUAUUUCAACUUUAAAUCCUUCUAAAUUGGCAUUAAACCGGUUUUUGCGUACAACUAGAAAAUUAUGGCUGACAACUUUUGCAAGCAAGUUGCAGAGAUACUGAAAAAUAUUUUUAUAUGAAAAAUCUGUAUCUGAUAGGAACGUAAUCUAGUUAGUAAUAGCUUUUGUUUCUAAUUUAAAUAUAUGAAUGAAGCUUUAUUUAACAGAUUUAUACUAAAUGUUGUCUUAAAUAUACUUGGUUGUUAAGUAAAGUGAAAAAGCCAGUUGUUACCGCCCACCUAAGAUAGUAUGUAGUUUCUUAAUUUGUAAGAUUUCGUCAACAAAAAUGUAGUUUGAUAUAUUUUUUAACCCCAAAUAUGUUAUGGAAUAGGCACCAGGAUUUAAUUUCAUUUGCAACAUUAAUGUUGAAUUCUAAAUUUUAUUAUAAUAUUAUUUUCCUAUACUUUUUUGUUGACCAUAUCCUAUAAAACACGGAAUUUUGCGGAACUACACAAUAAUAUUCCGUGUUUUAUAGAAAACCAAUGACACUUGAACAGACUACAAAAUAAAUGAUACAAAAUCAA